AUGGUGGAAGACAAUCAUGCGAGAGGCGAGGACCACGAAACAGCCGAGUAUACUUACCAACCAGGCAACCACUACAGGCGAUGGACGUAUUGUGCAAAAGGCGAUUCGGGCUCGAUUGUUUUCGAUGAGGACGGUAAGGUUAUUGGGCUGUAUUCUAUAGGAGUCAAGACCCGGAAGUCCGAUAUCAACGAAGAGUUCGGGAUAGUGACCCCCAUUGAACAUAUUUUCCAGGAUAUCAAGGACUUUUUAGGGGAUGUUACGGAUAUCCGAGUGACCAUGGACUAA